UGAGAACUACGCUGCCUGAGUAUAUAAUAUUAUAGAUGGUUAUAAGAUUCAUUUAACCUAAGGAGUGUGGUCCUUCAUACAGGACAAAGUCUAAUGUCUAAUGCAAACGACUUUCAAAACUUGUGUCAAACUUGUUGCGACACAUUUCAUCAUUUACCGGAAAACAACAGGUAGAAUGUUAAGGCAGUCACAAAGCGGAAUCCAAGUGCUGACUCAUUAUACACAAUCACACAACAAUAAAAUAACUAUACAAUAUCGUCCGAAAAUAAAGAACUUUCAGUUGAAAUUAAGAUGUUGCUAGCCAGUUGGUUUUAACAUAAAGAUAUUCUCUCUUAGUCUUAUUAUAAACAGUUCCGUUGCUAUUCGUGAUACUAGUUAGGAGAAUCCGAUCAUUGCAUGUCAUUUUAAGGAAGGCAUUUUGUGUGUCAGUGUCCACCUUAUUACCUUGAUCACCUUCAUUCACAAGAAUGACAGGAUGAGUUUAAUUUCUAAACUAAACUGACGACUUACAUGCAAGCAACUUAUUAAAAUCCAAAGCCGGCAGUGAGGUAGGGAAUAAACGAACCGGGCCGGCUACACUAUACUGAAAGUUCGAUAUCACAAAGAAUUAAAAGGAAUAAUGAAUCUUACAAUGAUUGUAUUCUUCAGCUUUGCUUGGCUUGACUUUAUGUUAUAGUUAUAUCUCAAUGCAACACUGCCAACAGUUGCAGAUAUUUUUCACUCUAAGCUAGUCGCUGGAUCAAGACUAAUGGAAAAGUCUUAUUCUUUUGAUUCUAAAAGCAUGUAUGUGUAAAUUAUUGGUACCAUUUUAACAUUUUAAUACAUCAUUUUCUCUGCCGCAUCGUGCAUUGUGCUUUAAUACACCCCCGCCAAAGUCCACCCGCUGAAAACCUCAACUUGUAGUUGCGUGUAAUAUAUUCAUACACACGUAACAUCUAAAACAUUGUUUUGACUACCCGGGUCGAUAAAAAUCUCUCCAUCAGUAUACGAAGAUAUCCGCUGCUUUGUGAUGCCAUCACGGCACACUUGACGUUUAUACUCAAUACUGUUAUAUUGAAAAUAUUUAAAAUAAACGGAACCUGAAGAGUAAAGUAAAGGCAAAGACCUGGAAUUAUGUCAUCAAACGCGGAAUGCAAAACCCAAGAAGCAAACGAGAAAGGAAUAUUACAAAAGAUUAGUCGCAUCAUUACCGGUACUUUGGAGAACAUUUUCUACAGGCUUGGUAGAACUGUAGGUGGGAGUCCAUGGAUCACCAUUCUGGUAUCACUGCUUCUUUGUGGUGCCUGUAUGGCGGGAUUUCUGAGGUUUGAACAAGAAAGUCGUGGAGAGAAGCUCUGGGUCCCUCAGGAUUCCAAAGCUCAGGAUGAUAAAGAAUGGGUUGAAAAAAUGUUCCCGGAGGAAUCAGGUCAAGUGAAUUUUAUCCUUGAAAAAUCAAAUGUUUUAAAAGCCGAAGUGAUACAACAGGUAUUUAAAAUUCAUCAAGAGGUUAUGAAUAUAACAAUAACAUUUGAGAACAAGUCUCUUGAGUGGAAAGACAUCUGUUUCAGAAAGGGAGAUAUAUGUUCCCUUGCAUCUAUUCUGGAACUGUGGUCCUUUGAUGAAAAUACGAUAAAUUCGUUAAAUGAUGAUAAAGUAUUAGAAGACAUUAAUAACAGAGGUCCUUUAAGUCCAUAUUCUAAAAGCGCGUUCAACAUAGCCAGACUUCUGGCAGAUAUUAGUUAUAAGAAUGGAAGUAUACGUGGGGCGAAGUUUCUUAAAGCAUCGUAUUUCUAUGAACGGCUUCCAUCCUUGAUAGACCCGACGGAUAAUGUUGAUCCCCGCGGAGGGAAAUGGGAAGAAGCAUUUGGAAAAAUUGUGGAAAAGUACAGUGAUUUACUGUAUAUGACAAGAACAAAAUUCAGAGAAAUCUCUUCUGACGCUAUCGCUGGCGAUGUUAUUCUUCUCACAACGGGAUAUUUUAUCAUUCUGCUUUACGUCAUUAUUAUUCUGGGUAAAUUUACCAGAUUGGAAAUUAAGGCCUGGGUAGCACUUGGUGGUAUUAUAAGUGUAGGAUUAUCAGUCGGUGUAUCGAUGGGUCUCUGCAGUGCUUUUGGAUUUUUUUAUGGACCUGCUCACACAACGCUGCCAUUUCUUUUACUUGGUAUUGGCGUGGAUGAUCUUUUCGUCAUCGUUCAGUCUUGGUCCAAUAUGCCAGAUAAUAUUCAUAAAAGUGAAAGCGUUCAAGAGAGAAUUGGUUUGGCGUUGAAACAUGCGGGACCUUCCAUAACAAUAACGACGUUAACUGAUUUAUUGGCUUUUCUUGUUGGUGUAACAACGAUAAUCCCUGGUCUUCGGUCUUUUUGCUUCUAUGCAGCUGUAGGAAUUCUUUGUGAUUAUUAUUUUGCAAACAACAUUUUUCGUAGCCUGGCUGUCAAUAAGCAAAUUUCCAAAUGCUGCUUCCGUGCUUCGCCCAUGCGAGCAAAGAAGACAGCUGACAAGCAUCGUGAUGGUUGCUGUUGUUGCUGCAUUCUUCCUCAAGAUUAUAAACCAAAUGAAUGUGGGGAGAAGAGUUAUUUGCAAAUAUUCUAUGAAAAAGUAAUUGGUUCCGGCGUUGUGAAACUACCAGUAAAGAUAUUUAUUUUCCUCAUUGUUAUCGCCCUUCUCGGUGUAAAUAUUUACGGUACAACAGAAUUAAAGCAACAGUUUGAACCAAAAUGGUUUCUUCCUCCCGGUACUAUUGUCAGGGAUUACAUGGACCUGAAUGACGAGAAAUUUGUCCAAGGUGGAUCACCCAUCGCUUUUUAUACAGGAUCGAUUAACUACUUCAAAGAACAAAAACAACUACACGAACUAAACCGAGAAUUACAAAAGGAAACAACGUACUUGUCAGAGAAUACUAUCGACAGUUGGUAUGAAAAAUACAUAGAAUGGGCGAAUAAAAGUGUACCAGAUUCUGUGUACAAUACAAGCCGAACUAUCAAGACUGAGUCUCAAUUUUAUACCGAGUUGAAAAGUUUUCUAAAUAGUUCAAAUGGAAAACGAUUCACCAACGACAUCGUAUGGAAUAAACAAAAGACUGAAAUUGUGGCAACUCGGAUUCGGGCGUUUUUGAAGAUCUUGACGGAAACUCAGGAUCAUGUUAAGGCGAUGGAUAAACUCAGGAAUAUCAUAGAAAAUAUUGGCUUUAGUUCAGAUCCAAUUGUUUACAACAGACUAAUACUGUUUGCUGAAGGCCACAAGGUUAUAUCUCAGGAACUUUUCAGAAAUAUUCUACUCGCCAUGGCAGUCGUAUUUCUUGUAACUUUGGUAAUCAUUGCAAGUCCAGUGAUGUCAGUUCUGGUUUUCCUUUGUGUUGUAUUUACUGUGGUUGACGUAACUGGACUCAUGUACUUUUGGGGUUUGACCAUUGAUACAGUUUCAACUGUAGUAAUAAUUAUCGCUAUUGGUUUAUCAGUGGACUAUGCAUCUCAUGUUGGACACACAUUCUUGGUGAAAUCUGGAAAUAGAAAAGAGAGAACAAUAAAGAUGUACCGGGAUAUUGGUCCAGCGGUCUGGAAUGGUGGUUUUAGUACCUUCCUAGCAAUUGUACCAUUAGCUACAUCUCAGUCACACGUAUUUACCACAUUCUUUAGGAUUCUUUUUGGUGUUGUCGUAUUUGGUGUGUUUCAUGGCCUGUUUUUCUUACCAGCGAUAUUAUCAAUGAUUGGUCCAGCUCCGUACGAGUCUGCUAAGAAGAUGGAAAGUACUUCCAAAGAGGCAGAUUUUGGGAGAAAAGAAAGAAAUGAUACUGAAAAUGUCGCCUCUCACUCAAACGAGGCAAUAGAAACUGGUACAGAAGUUUAUCCAGUAAAAAAUGGAGGUCCAUUUAUCCUCAACAAUAUGCAGCAAACAAAUAAUGAAACCCUCGCAGCAGCAAACGCUGGCGUUGACGCUGAGGGUGCGAAAGACACCAAAUCUAACGGGGGAAUUUCUGUGGUGGAGAUGCAUUUAUAGCACAUUCUGGUACGUUUUUACUGGAUUAAGUAAUGAAGUUGACAUGAAAAUUGCAACUAUAGCAUGUUCCUGUAGGUUUUAGUCUUUUAGACACGAUAUUAGAUACAUGAAAGAUAUAUAUAUAUAUUUCUGACAUGAUAUUUAUGCACGAUCGAGGGUGGUACGCGGGAUGUGUUCUUGCAACAUACCGUACAUUUAUAUGGUCAUUGUAGAGUUAUGUAUGGAAUCUUUUUGUGCAGUUCGUUUCUGACUUCUUUGAUUUUUUGUAGAGCUGCAUUGUGUACAUUAUUUCAAACUUUUAAUUUUUAAUCCAGUGUUUUAGUUUGUGUGCUUCUAUUCUGAACCGCUGUUUGUUUUAAAACUUCA